AGGAAGUAGGGGCCGAGCGAAGCCAUAGCCCUUUCCUGAAUCCUAUCGAGUCGGAUCUGCCCAAUGAACUGGAUCUGUCAGAUUUGUGGACGUGGUUUAAAUUAAACGGAGGGGAGUGACUGGUCAUGACAUCCGUGAUUUAAGGAAUAGCCACGUGUACAGGAACUGAAAAGACAACCUCGAAUCUCCCGGAGCUGGCUAGCUAACUACCUACCAAUCAAAGCUUAUGGUGCGUUUGACGGAGACGAUGUAUCCCAUCCACAGCUAGCUACCCGGCUAGCUUUUAGGUUUCAUCAGAUUGCGUUUAUCAUUUGCUGCGCAGUGCGGUUCCUUCAUUGUUCUCAUCGGAGAGUUCUGUGUGACGGCUAUGGCGAGGAGAGCUUGGUCGGGCUACAUGGGGCCGGUGUACUUGGCUCUGGUGGCCGUGCUCCUCACAGCGGACGUCCACGCCCGCCCCGCUAACAUGUCGGCCCUCAAAGACAAAAAUUCCAACAGCAAGGAGGAGAACGAGAUUUUGCCUCCGGACCACCUGAAUGGUGUCAAACUGGAGAUGGACGGACACAUCAACAAGGAUUUCCACCAAGAGGUCUUCCUGGGUAAAGAUAUGGAGGAGUUCGAGGAAGACUCCGAGCCCCGGAGGAACAGGAGGAAGCUGAUGGAGAUUUUCGACAAGGUGGACUUUAACCGCGACAGAAGCGUGAGCGCCAAGGAGAUGCAGCGCUGGAUCAUGGAGAAGACGGAGGAGCACUUUCAGGAGGCCGUCAAGGAGAACAAGCUCAGCUUCCGGGCCGUGGACCCAGACGGUGACGGUCACGUGACUUGGGAUGAGUACCGGGUGAAGUUCUUGGCCAGCAAGGGCUUCAACGAGAAGGAGGUGGCGGAAAAGAUAAAGAACAACGAAGAGCUGAAGCUGGACGAGGAGACCCAGGAGGUCCUGGAGAGCCUGAAGGACCGCUGGUUCCAGGCGGACAACCCCCCGGCGGACCAGCUGCUGAACGAGGAGGAGUUCCUGUCCUUCCUGCACCCGGAGCACAGCCGCGGCAUGCUCAAGUUCAUGGUCAAGGAGAUCAUCCGCGACCUGGACCAGGACGGGGACCAGAAGCUCACCCUGUCGGAAUUCAUCUCCCUGCCCAUGGGGACGGUGGAGAACCAGCAGGCCCAGGACAUCGAUGACGACUGGGUGCGCGAACGCAAGAAGGAGUUCCAGGACGUCAUCGACGCCAACCGCGACAACAUCGUCACCAUGGAGGAGCUGGAGGAGUACAUGGACCCGAUGAACGAGUACAACGCCCUGAAUGAGGCCAAGCAGAUGAUCGCCGUGGCCGACGAGAACCAGAACCGCAGCCUGGAGCUGGACGAGAUCCUCAAGUACAGCGAGUACUUCACGGGCAGCAAGCUGAUGGACUACGCCCGCAACGUGCACGAGGAGUUCUGAGUGGCCUGCCAAAAAACCGGCCCCGAACCGGGACGUCCCUUUCACCUCACCCGUUCCACGUCGUUACCCCCUCUGCCCUUCAUCUCGACCGACGGCGUCGCCCAUUUGAUUUGGAGGGCGUGCCGAAAUCACCUUUUCGGGCCUCUCCACCAAGAAUGUACGGUUUACCUGUGCCCUGCAGUCAUGAUGACUUCUCUAUGUGCGGUGUGUGUUUCGCAUCUGAGUGCGUUUUAAACUCUAUACCACCGUCGGAAUUAAUUUUGUAUAGAGUGUGAGUGUGAGUGUGAGUGUGAGUGUGGGUGUGUACAGUAUAAAUCUAUAUAUAUAUAUAUAUAUGUAUAUGUAUAAGUUCAGAAGUGAUUAUAAUUGCCAUAAGUAAGAAAGGGCCUGACUGGUGUUUCAGUGUGAAGCUGAAAAGAUGAAAGCACAUGCAGUUUAGCAGUAGCAGCCUGCAGCAGACAGACCAUUUCCCGCAAUUUCCAUACAAGUAACUGUACAUUUUGGACCAGCAUGAUUUAACUCAACUCUCCUCAUUUAUAAAGCCCACUCAAAUGCUAUAUCAUUUCAGUUGGGCCAAGAACAUUUUGGUGUCUUUUCUUAUUUUACAUGUCACUGGUUCUGCCGUUUGUGUCGGUUGUGUUCAGUGUGUUGGACAGUAAGGUCUAGCUAACGCUACAUAACUUUGGGUGGCUGAUAAGGAACCAGAUGCAGGGUUGUUUUGGAGAAAUUCAAACGCAUGGCGCAUGAACGCAUUUCAAGAAUGUUGUUCUGUCUUUAGCCCUGUAACGCGCUCGCAGCUCUUAAAGUGCUCAGUCCCAUUUAAAUCCCAUUUAAGAAUUUGCAUUUCUGUCUUUAAAGCCAUAAUGCGCUCACAGUUUUGUCUUCAAUGCCGUAAGUGCUCUGUUAUGAUGUCUUUAUGCUGACCUUGUCAGUAUGUCCAUAUCUGUUUCAUUACAGAAUUUGAGAUAUUAACUUAUUUAUUCUUGAGUGCUCAUGUGUCAGAGGAUCAUAAUCAUCAUAAAACGCAGACCCUCCAGACUGCCCUACCCAGAAUCAACAUCUAAAAAAAAUUGUUUUCCCGUUCAGAAGUCCGGGGAAGCUGCCAUUUCCGAGAUUGUGCAGGGGAAUUAAAUUGUAUUUGUAAAUAGAGAUUCGGAAUGAAAGUAUACGCUACCCACAGUCUAAAGAUUAGAGCCUUGUCCCACUCAUCAAUCAGAGCGAAGUAAUGAGUUAAUUUGUUUAUUAAAUGCUAGUGGCAAUUCUAGCGCAAGUCGAUGCAGCAAACUGUGCUCGUUAUAAGAAUGGUGACAUGUACAGUAUCUUUUUUUGUUGCUGUUGUUGCAUUAGUGAUUUGUUUUAUUUUUCAGAGACUUCUCAGUUAGGAUUUGGUGCAGUGGCAAACAUCCUUGUGUGUCGCUUAUCUGUAUAUUUCUGAUUUUGUUGGCUCCGUUAAAGGUUGGCUUAGUCUCUAUACCAGCGCUAGACUGCUAGUUUCAGUAUACGGCUUUUGUUUUAAUCUUGUGUCAAGGACUCAUGAACUAUCCUGUGGAAUUACAAUAACUGGACAAUCCCAAUACAUGUCCUUCAACCACACUUAAUGAUGAUGCAGCUUUGCAAGACGCUGUAUUGCAGACUUACCAGGAACAAUAAAAAUAUUUCUCCAGUA